AUGCACCGGCAGUUACUGCCGGCCGGCGCGGAGUGUUUCAAAGUUUGCUCUACGCGUUGGAGGUGCAAUCAAAGAAAACAUAACAAGAUGACAUCUCCCGCUAUUAGCAAGUCGCCUGAAAAGCAAAAAUCUGAUAACAAGUCACCUUCGCACUCAUCUAAUGCAGAGCAAGCCUCUAAUGAUGAACCCACAGCAACGACUUCAAAUCCUCAACAAUCGGACCCUUUCAGCUGGUUUCGGAUAUUUAAACUGGCCGACUUAAUGAUGAAACAAGGAUGU